AUGGCCAACGCCUACGGUGUGCAGUUCUCCAAUAUCCCACUCUCUCGUCCGAUCACUCUGCAGGGUCUCAAUGGCUUGCGAGGCGUCGUAGCCAAGACCGUGUCUGUCGUCGGAGAGACGUCCAACACGCUGUUGGUCGAAGCGGAUGCAACAGUGCCGUGGUCUACGUCGAUCCGCGUCGAGCUGCCCAUCGUCGACGUCAACUUUGAAUACGAGAGUGUUGUGCUGGGUGGUGUCCGAGUGCCACAAGGAACUGUUUUCGAGCCCAACACAGAUGCCAAUCUGCAUGUUGCCGGUCAGGUGAAUCAACUCACCAACAAUGCACAGCGUACUGCUCUGGGCCAUCUCGCCAGCCGCUUCAUUUCGACCAACACCACGACGGUGGGCGUCGUGGGCAACAGUGCAACCGAUGCCAACGGUCAGAACAUUGCUUGGCUCACGCGUGCGCUCAAGACGAUCCAUCUCGAGGUGGACAUCGCAGGGCAGAACCUGCAUCCGGUGCAAAGGGUGAAUCUGCCUGAUCUGUCGGCGGAUCUGACGGCUGCGCAGGAUUCGGGCUAUCAGAUUCCGCUCUCGACGCAACGUACCGAAGCAGUGGUGUCGAUCCCGUACAACAUCCAUGUGGGAGUGGUAUCGGCUUCGGGGACGGUGUAUGUUGCAAGUCAGGGAUCGACGGCUCGCGCUGCUAGCCUCCAGCUCGACUCGAUUCCGCUUUCUGGGACCAUAGCUGGUGGCAACAACCAGUCGACGACGCUGGCGCUUAGCCUGAAGGAUUCGAUCCUGACGGCUGUAGAUCGCGGUGCGUACCAGCAGCUGCUAAUUGCUGUUGUUUCCACGCCCACGACUGAACUCCAAAUCCUGGGUCAGUUGUCAGCGGUGGUGGAGCUUGCAGUGGGCCGAAUCACAGUGGACGCGGUCAAUCUGGAUGUUCCCCUCAGCCUGAAAUCGCUCGACAACCUAGCUGGUCAGCUGGAUGUGAUUGGGCUGGCAGACGUUGUGGGAGGCACACCGGAGCACGGCAUAGCGAGCAUCAACGUUACCGUUCAUAACCCAUCGAUUAUCACAGCAAAGAUCACCGUGCUGAGCAUCCCUGUGACCCUGGAUGGCGUCACGAUUGGACGGGCACUGCUGCAAAAUCUCAACCUGAAACCGGGAGACAAUGUGGUGAAAGCUACGUUCUACAUCCAUCUCGACGAGCCUCUGGGCAGUCCGACGGCGGUCAAGCUGAUUCGACAACUGAUCCAGCCCGUCCCAGGCACACACGAUCCCUACGUAACCAACUUGAUCGCGCACAACCCUCCUGGCGCACGGCCAGGGGUCACAGACUUGGAAGCACUCAACCCUGCGCUCGAUACGCUGAAUCUCAAGCUCGAUCUCCGUGGAUUUGCACUCGAACUGAUUCAGCUGGUCAAAAUCAGCAUCGAGGUGUUGGAUCUGUUCGCAGGACCGAACGGACUGCCCUACGUGAAUGCAGAUAUCACGCUGCAAAAUGCACUGCCAACGGAUUUGGCGGUGCAACGCAUCGCUGCCCGUGGUUCCAAGACGGGUUCGAGCAAGACGUACGCUACGCUCGAUCAUACUUUCGACCCGGCCUUGAUACUGCCAAAGGCUCCUGCAACGUUUGUCGACCCGGGCAGCGCCCAAGCUCACGUACCUCAAGUGUUGCUGCCCAUGGGCCUACCCAACUCGAUCGACAUUGUAGGUUCCAACCUGGAUCUGUACAUCACGGCCGCCUUGAUCAAGAUCGGCGGCGAGAACGGCUACCAGCUGCAGGGCGAGCUUACAUUCCUCAACGUGCCCGCCACGUACCAGAUUACGUUGAAUGGAGUGCCGAUCGCCAACAUCGACUCUCUGGGCGGACUGCUGGGGGUUCUGGGAGGCGUGGUGAAUUCAUUGACGCCGAGCGAGCAAAAGCUGCUCAGCGAUGGACUGCAGAACCUCGGCUCGGGCAACAUUGCUGGACUGGUCGAGAACGGGUUCAAGGACCUGGUGUGCGUGCUCAACGACUUGCCGAUUCCACUGCUCAGCCAAGCAGGUUGCCCACAAUCGACGUCCACCACAGCGUCAGCGAGCACACAGUCGGCUUCGCUUCCCGUUUCGGCGAGCACCGCUACGGCUUCUUCAGCUCCUGCGCCCGCCAGUGCUGCAGCGACGACGUCCGCAAACAGUGCGCAAGCGUCCAGGAUGGCACCGUCUUCGAACGCUGCUGCAACUGCCUCGCCUGCUGGUGGAUCCUCCCCCACAACCGCCGCCGCAGCAGCUGCAACUACGCCUGCGGCUAGUAGCAAUCCUCUCGCCGGUUUGCUGAACGGAAUUGGAGGUUAG